AUGCACCACUUCUCGAGCGAGGCGUCGGAGGUCACGAACCUCCUCGACGACAGCAAGAUGGAGGAGCUGCGCAAGGCCGAGGCCAAGGCGUCGAAGCGGGCCAUGGACUGGGCGCGCGCGGGCGCGCAGCGCGAGGGCUUCUCCGAGAUCGCGUGGCGCGAGGGCCUCUACAACUUCCCCAUCCCGCUCUGGUACCGCGCCGCCGCGAUCUGGUGCCGCCACCUCCUGAGGACGGCGCUCUUCGAGGCGCUCAUCAACGGGACGAUCCUACUGCUGCAGUUCGUGCUCUUCGUGACCAUCUGCAUGGAGCCCGGCGGCGGCCGGCCGGACCAGCCCGCCCUCUACGCGGCGGGCAAGGCCGUGGACCACUUCGCCGCGCUCGUCUUCUUCUGCGAGAUCGUCAUCAGAGGCGUCGCGGAAGGGCCGCGGCCGCUCCACUUUUUUCUCGGGCCCGACCGGCUCGAGAACGUCUUCGACCUCGGCGUCGCCGUCGCGACGGUCGUCAUCGUGCUGGAGGGCCACGGGGCGAUGAUCGUCGUCCAGAUGCUGCGCAUCCUGCGGCUCAUGAAGUUCCUGAACAACUACAGCGCGACGCGGGUGAUCGUGCGGGGCAUGUACUCGGGCCUCCGCGCGACGGGCGCCAUCAUGACGCUCCUCUUCAUGAUCAUGUACGUCUACGCGAUCCUGGGCGUGCGCGCCUUCCGCCACAACGACCCCGUCCACUUUGGGACGGUGCAGCAGGCCAUGCUCACGCUCUUCGUGAUCUCGACGUUGAACGACUGGCAGACGAUCUAUCUCGUCAACUACCACGGCUGCGACAAGAUGUACCAGCACGAGCACGACCCCACCCUGGCGGACUUCUACGGCAGCGACAGCGACCGCAAGUUCUCGACGAAGCUCGGCACGUUCUACAACGACCGCUGCGACCGGUCCGAGGCGUCGCCGGUGACGGCGCAGAUCUAUUUCUACUCCUUCACGAUGCUCACGGCCUUUGUGGUCUUCUCCCUCUUCGUGUCCGUCAUCGAGAUGGGCAUGUUCGAGACCAUGGAGGAGCUCGAGGCGGAGGCGCGCGAGGCCGCCGCGGAGCUCGAGGACGCGCCCGAGUUUGGCCUCCGGGGCUCCAUCGAGAUGGCCCGGGCCUCCGUGUCGGACCAGGUCGGCUGCGACGACUCGACGGACCACGUGCAGCGCCACCGCGCGAAGCACCGGACCGCGGAUUUCGCGUCGAUCACCAAGGGCGCGGGGCUCCAGGUCGACGCGCUCGGCAGCGACGCGCCCGCGGACGCCGGCGGCGACGCGCGGGACACGCGGGACGCCAUCGAGCUGUACCUCGACGGGCCGAGGAGCUUCGAGUUCCGGGCCGCGCUGCGGCGGCUCUACGAGGCGGACCCCGACAUGCCCCUCGACGAGGGCGGCGGCGCGCGCUUCGUCAUCGCCGUCAACGCCGUCUGCAGCAGCGCCGCGUUCCAGAACGCGGUGACCUUCGCGAUCAUCGUCGCCUGCGCGGUCCAGGGCGUCGACGCGAACCGCGUCGCGGAGGGCGGCGCGACGGGCGCGGCGAUCUUCUACACGGAGAUCGCGAUCUGCGUCGUCUUCGUCGCGGAAUGCGCGCUCAAGAUCCUGAGCCACGGCGCGCGGCCCUGGCGCUACCUCUACAGUUCGUGGAACUGCUUCGACUUCGCCGUCGUCGCGUUCACGCUCGUCGCGUACCUGCCGGGCAUGAGCGGCCUGCCCGCGAUCUCCAUGUUGCGGUUACUACGUUUGCUCAAACUCGUGCGGUCCUACCCGGCGCUCCACGUCGCCGUCCAGUCGCUGCUGCGCGCCUUCAAGCAGGUCGUCUACGUCGGCGUCGUCAUGGCGCUGAUCAACUUCAACCUCGCCGUCGUCGGCAUGCACCUCUUCCGCGGCAACGACCCGGGCCGCUUCGGCACGCUCGCGGCGGCGAUGGUGUCCAUCUGGGGCGUGUCGACGCUCGACGCCUGGGACGCGGCGCUCUACACGAACAUGUACGGCUGCGAGCGCUACGGCUACCCCCACGGCGGCCGGGCCUGCAACGACGCGACGGCCUACGGCUGGAUCGCCGUCGGCUACUUUGUGUUCAUCGUCAUCAUCGGAGGCCUCGUGCUCCCGACGGUGCUCAUCGGCAUCAUCUCCAUCGCCUUCGAGGAGUCGACGGAGGAGAUGCGCCUCGAGAGCCUGGCGAACGGCGUCAUCGACUCCAUGAAGGCGCGGGUGCUCGACUGGGACGCGGGGCCGCGGAUCCUCUCGGAGAUGAAGCACCUCGAGGCGGGCUACCGCGCGCUCGCCGCGGAGCAGUCGCGGGCGCUCGGCUUCGGCGGCGACGACGAGGAGACGGUCGCGGCGAGCGGGCUCGACGAGGAGGUGAUCCUGGCGCUCUGCCGGUUCGUGUUGGACCACCACACGCACUGGCUCGACGAGAAGACGCUGACGAUGAUGGUCCACGCGCUCGACGAGCAGCACGACAAGCGGUACAAGCUGCCCCAGCUGCUCUGGAUCCUCUUUUUCACGGCGAAGCUCCAGAUCGACGCCGAGGAGGGCGCGCUGCUCGAGACGAGCCGCCAGUCCCACGGCUCCAAGCUCGACGUGUCGGCGCUCUCGGGCCUCGACGACGAGACCGAGGACUCCAAGUGCUCCAUGCUCGACGACGUCGUCGCGGGCUUCAUGCCCGGCAUGUCGAAGCUGCCGUCCCUGCCGCCGUCGCCGACGCUGCCGUCCAUGCCGCCCUCGCCGACGCUGCCGUUCGCGCUGCCGUCCCUCCCCGAGGACGCCGUCCCCGCGGCGUUCCGGCUACCGGAGGACCUCGAGGUCGACGCGCCGCCGCAGCGCACGCACGCGGCCUCGACGACGAACAUGAUGCCCAGCACGCCGAGCGUCGACACGGGCGACGACGACAGCCGCGGCCGCGGGCCCCGCCGGCCCGCGCGGUCGAACGCCGCGCGGCGGUCCGCGAGCGCGCGCCGCGUCUCGCCCUCGGCGCCCUCGGGCGCGGCGGCCGGCGCCGCGGCCUCCUCCUCCUUGGGCGCCGCGCGGCAGAAGGGCUCGAGCUUUUCGCGCCACGUCGCGAGGUCGUCGGCCGACUCGGCGCAGAGCUUCCACCGCUGGCCCUGCGCGUGGCUCAGGAUGAGCACGCUCCGCGUCGGCGCGUCCUCGAUGCUCUCCGUCGUCGUCAGCGCCGCGCGGCUCUGGACGAGGUUGAGGCUGCCGCGGCACUUCUCCAGGGCCGCGCUCUCGAAGUAG